CGAUGUUGUGUGAAGGGUUGUCUCAGAGAACUAGAACACCUGAUGAAGGCAGGAAGGGCAAGUCCCAUUAGGAGAAAGUGUGAAAACUUUGAGAAGGACUGAAAGUAACCUCCAACCCAGAACACGAGCAAUCACACAGAAACCUCCCCGGCUCUAGUAAGCCUCCUAAGAGUCUGUCUGGCGAGGCCGUACCUCACACCCAUAUUGGUUGUCUCAGGGCAGUAAGGGCAUUGAUCUGAGGGGUGUGGCCUCACAUCGACACACUGAGAGGGUGUCAGAAAUCGGAGUGCGGACACAGCUGUGAUUUAUGGGUUUUCCAAUCUCAAUCAAAAGAGAAUCUGCACAAUGCGAUCCUCCUAUCAGCCCUAAUAAACCCCACGUGGAGUGCCCGGAUGUGGGUGUGGCCUAUAGUAACUUCCGCUUUGGGCUUUGAAAAUCUGAAUGUGGGGAGGCCUCCACGGACGUGUUUGGAGAGAGGUCGGAAGAUUGAAGGAGCUCUAGACGGUGUCGGACACCAAGACCUUGUUGGAUUUCAAGGCAGCUGUCGUCCCACUUAAAGGUGAAGCGUUUCAGGGUGGUGAGUGCCUUGGUGUGAAGGCUGAACUUCUGCUCAUCAGAGGAGGCGCAGGCUCUCCCAGUUAAUUAUGAUUCCUUCUAAGCAGAAGACUCAAGAGUACACUCCCCUCCGCGCUCAAGGAGAGGAAGUGGAUCCACUUGAUCCUGAUGUUCCUGUAGUUGAGGAAGUGCUUGCUAUAGCUACCUCAUCCCCUGCUUCAAGCCUGAGCAUCAUGGAAGAAUGGCCUGAAGCUGGAACACCUGUCCUCUCUCAGAGUCUAUUAAAUCUUACCCAGAGUCUUUCUCAAAGUCUUUUGGAAACUGCUUUUAUUGAUUCCAGUCUAACAGGCCAGUCCAGUGAAGGUUCUAGUGGCCAAGAAGGUGAUAUAGGUGCCUCAUCUGCCUUCAGGGAUCCCGAAAUCUCCCUUAUUAAUAUACUAGAGAAGAGAGUGGGUGAAUUGGUGAAUUUUCUUAUCGCCAAGUAUAAAUCAAAGGAGCCUGUCACAAAGGAAGAAAUGCUGCAAAGUGUCCUUAAAGAGCAAAAGGACUACUUCUCUGCAAUCUUCAAGAAUACCUGUGAAUGUAUGGAGGUUGUUUUUGGUAUUGAAGUUAAGGAAGUGGAUCCCACUAGCCACUCCUACAUGCUUAUCGAAAUGGUAGAUCUCACCUAUUACAGGAAGAUAAGUGACCAGGGUAUGCCCAAAACUGGCCUUCUAGUAUUUAUCCUGGGUAUAAUCUUCUUGGAGGGAAACUGUGCAUCAGAAGAGAAGAUAUGGGAGAUGAUUAAUAUGCUUGAUGUGCAUGGGAAGAAGGAAUUCAUGUCUGGGGAAUGCAGGAAGCUCAUAACCAGAGAGUUAGUGCAGGAGCAAUACCUGGAGUACCAGCAGGUGCCAAAUAGUAAUCCGCCAUUGUAUGAGUUAGUUUGGGGCCCCAAAUCGUAUGCUGAGACUAGUAAGAUAAAAGUCUUAGAGUUCUUUUCGAAAGUCAGUGGGAAUCGCCCCACUUCUUUCUCAUCCUUGUAUAGGGAAGCUUUUAGAGAAGAAAGAGAAAGAUCAAGAUCUGCAGGUGAUGCUACUACUGUAGACAGUGAAAAUUCAAAGUCCAGAUGCUUUUCCUGUCCUGAGUAAAGUCCCAUAAAGAUACCUAACUGCUCAAAGAAAAAUCAAAAGGUUUAAGUAGUAAAGAGAUUGAGAGAAACAUUUUCUUUUUGGUAUUUUCACAUUUUGUUUAGUAGUUUUAUUAGCUUCAGAAUUUAGGUCUACUAAUUACAUUGGUCACACAUUUAUUGCUUAUUAGGUUUAAUGAGUUUUGAUAUUUUGAAAAACUGAGAAACUUUGUUUUGUGAUCUGCAACAGUAUACCAUGGUGUUGGAAUAAAAAUUUUCUUAAAAAUGUGAAAAAUCAUUAAAUGUAGGAAAAUGUAAAAGAUGAUUCAUCUUAAGAUUUCUAUAUCCAUUUUGUCUGAUCAUUGUGCACAAUUAAAGAUAUCUUUGGUUGGUUUAAGAAUA